ACAAGGUAGCGCAUGGGCAGCCAGUGGGGAGUUUUCCCACAUCGCAUCACAUGCCUUACAUUGCGUCCUUAUAUUAACGAAACGUUGCAUUUGAUCAUAUUUUGUGAAUUAACAAUAGCCUAACAGUCAUUUUCGAAUUCUGGUAACAUUGGAAAUCGGGUCGCAUGAGAUGUAUAUUUUAUAGCCCUCCGUUGCAAGAUCCUGGAAACGAUAUGGGGUUCGGCUCCCAUGAAUCUUGGCCAAUUCCUGCAAAUAUUGCCACCGGCGCAGUGUAUUUACAUCCUUAACGUUUUCGGCAUGUAGGAUGGUAUGAUGGAACGACCUGGCAAGCCAAUGGGAAGAUAUGCAUAUUUUAACACACGCUUGUCGAGAUGGCCCAGAUUAUACCUCGGGGAAGGGGAUUCCAGUACCUGGUUGACUGGGAGGGUUAUGGCCCGGAGGAGAGGUGCUGGGUCCCUGCUAGGGACAUCCUGGACCCAGGCCUCAUCGCGGAUAUCCAAUGCCGACACCCCGGUCAACCAGGUAUGCGCGCGCCCAGGUGGCGCCCCCUAGAGGGGGUACUGUUUCACCUGUAUUUGUGCUGAUCUCCACCCCCGAACAUGGUGUCUCCCAUCUCCCCUCGUUAUCCCCUGUGUAUUUAUACCUGUGUCCGUCUAUUGCCAGUUUGUUUUGUUCGCCAAGCCUACCAGUGUUUUCCCCCUUGCUCCUGUCUUUUCUAAUGUUCUGGUUUUAUAGUUUUCCCGGUUUUCAACAUUCUGCCUGCCCUGACCCUGCCUGCCGUCCUGUACCUUGUCCCACCACACUGGAUUACUGACCUCUGCCUGCCCUUGACCUGUUGUUUUGCCUGCCCCCUGUUCUAGUAAUUUAUUACUUCGACCCUGUCUGCAUCUGGGUCUUUCCUAAAACAUGAUACAUUCUGUGUGAAUGACUCAAAUCUGCCAUAGUUUGAGAAGUAAGAAUGCGCACACAGACACACGUGUGCUGCUCUACAGUGUACUUGGUCCAUAAACAUGCAGGAAGAUUGCAUCCUGACAGCUGAGAAAUUAUUUUGGCCUGUCAAAAAAUACUUGUUUCAUAAGCAUCCGUGAUCAGAAAUCAUGAUAUUACGUUAGACCCAUUUGCAUUGAGUUCUUGUAUAUUCUCAAAAUAACAGCUGUGUCUGUGAUAUCUUUCCUUACAGGUGUGAUAUGCUGGAGUGAUGCUUCUAUGCAAGUGUAUGAUUCUCAUGAAACCAGCUUUAAAAUGUAUGUAGCAAAUUGAGUUACAAAAACCAUGAUCUACAAAAAUCAACUAUGAUUCUGAGGAAUAAGAUGUUUUUGGGAAAGUGUCUUUUUUAAGUACAUUUUACAAUUUCGCCUGAAUUUUGUACGUUUUUCAACCAAAAUUCUCAUUACCGAAAUGCAUCUGGAUUAAAUUCUCGGGACAUUUCUUUUUAUCCAUAAAUCAUUUAAAAUGGUAUACUAGUUGAUGUGUACAUUAAACUAUACUGAGUAUACCAAACAUUAGGAACACCUUUCUUAUAUUGAGUUGCACCUUUUGCCCUCAGAACAGCCUCAAUUUGUCAGGGCAUGGACUCUACAAGGCGUUGAAAGCAUUCCACAGCAUUCCACAGGGAUGCUGGUCCUUGUUGACUCCAAUGCUUCCCACAGAAAGAAAAGUUGGGACACCUGAAAAGGGGCUGAAAUACAGAACUGUCAGCCGCGAGCUGCCCGGAGACAUCAAUGAGAUGACCUGGGAACUCAAAAUCAGACCAAAUUCACUAGACGACUAAGGACCUUAUUCCAACUGUGUGCAGCAACACUUCAUUCAAACGCUACUUCACCGAGAAGGGCAAUCUCAUUGCUGAGCCAAUGUAGAACCUGCACCUUCAGGAUUCCAUGACUUCUUUCCUUGCCUGGAUUUCAGCACACAGUCAGAUCUACCAGGACAGAGUAUGCCAUCUGCAUCUUUCCACAGAAUUCUACGACCAUUUCUACUUGGCACCUUUCUACUGGGCUGUUUUGUGACUCUGGUUUUGAUGUACUUCAAACCGUCAACUAGCUGGCUAUCAGGUCCUGUAGAGUCAACCGCAUCCACUAUCCAAGUUAAAAAUCUCUUCUCUACCAAGGGUGACAAAAACCUUACCACUGUACUCGUCUGGCUCUGGCCCUUUGGACAGACCUAUGACCUGGGUGUCUGCAGCUCUCUGUUCAACAUCGAGGGCUGUUUCAUCACAGCAGAUCGGAACCUAUAUAAUAAGUCAGAUGGGGUCGUCAUACAUCACAGGGAUAUCUGUACUGAUCUCUCCAACCUGCCCCCCCUUCAGCGUCCCUCCUUCCAAAAGUGGAUAUGGAUGAACCUAGAGUCACCAUCCCACUCCUCUCAGCUGCCCGGUAUUGAAAACUUGUUCAAUUUAACUUUGAACUAUCGUCAGGAUGCUGAUAUCGAAGUGCCUUAUGGGUCGAUUGUGGCGGCCCAAGGGGACGAGGAUUUCGUGCCUCCGAGCAAAAGCAAGUUGAUCUGCUGGAUUGUCAGCAACUGGAACCAGGAUCACAUGCGAGUGAAGUACUACAACGAGCUCUAUAAACAUAUUGAGGUUCACGCUUACGGACAAGCCUUUGGAGAGUACAUUGCAGAUCAAGAAUACUUUCCUACCAUCGCCAGUUGUAAAUUCUACUUGGCGUUUGAGAACUCAAUUCACAAAGACUACAUCACAGAGAAACUGUAUAACCCACUCUCUGUAGGGACGGUGCCUGUGGUUUUAGGUCCACCAAGACAGAACUACGAGAACUUUGUCCAGGGGGAAGCCUUUAUCCAUGUGGAUGACUUCACCUCACCCAAAGAGCUGGCUGAUUAUCUCCUGCUAUUGGACAGGAAUGAGGAGAUGUAUCUCAGAUACUUUGAGUGGCGACGGCACUUUAAAGUGAAAAAGGCAUACUUCUGGGCCGAACACACAUGCCUCGCUUGUGAUAAUCUCAAAAGGCACAAGGAGUACAAGGCAUUCAAUAACCUUGAUAAAUGGUUUUGGGGUGGAAUGCCUUGAAGGGCCAUGACAUUGUUGUUUUGCAGUUGGAAGCAUUGCUUUAAGAUAUAUUCAGUCAUGAUGUAUUUGACAUUGUCAUUGACAAUGUUCCAACAUGUUUUUCUCACUGGUUAUAGGGGCCCAAAUAAGCCAUUCUCUUUUUUUUUAUUUUGAUGCCAGACAGAUUUGGUCAGCCUUAAUUUGUCUCUUGCAUUUCAAUUCAAUCAUGAUUUAUGUUGUCAUUUGCAAUGCAUUUAAUAUUUGUUUCAUAAAAUCUCACUUUUAUACAUGACCAAAAGUAUGUGGACACCUGCUCGUCGAACAUCUCAUUGCAAAAUCAUGGGCAUUAACAUGGAGUUGGUCCCCCCUUUUGCUGCUAUAACAGCCUCCACUCUUCUGGGAAGGCUUUCCCAGAAGCCUUCCCAGAAAAGUCACUGAGCUCUUGAGUAAGGACAUUCUACUGUCAAUAUUUGUAUAUGGAGAUUACAUGGCUGUGUACUCGCUUUUAUACACCUGUCAGCAACCAAUAUGGCUGAAAUAGCAGAAUCCAUUCAUUUGAAGGGCUGUCCACAUACUUUUGUGUUUAUAGGUGUUUAAUCUCUGAAUGUGACCGCAUUUGCUGCUAUUUGUUUUUUUUAUGAUGUACUGUAACUGUUUUGCUAUGUGGGAAUCGGGCUGGCAUGACAUUUUCAUAUGGCAGUAUACAAUACAUUUUUGAAAUUGAAGAAAUAGUUGUCAUUUAAAAUAUGUACUAUUUAUUCAAUUGUGAUAUGAUAUGAUAUACUUUCAUAUGUAUUAGUGAUACAGUGAUGCAGUGUUUAUUUAACACAUGCAAGUAAUUAAAUUGUGUAAUUUACUGUAAAAUGGAUAUUUGUAUUGUUUGAAGGUAGCAUUUGCACUGCAAAACACACUGACACUCAUCGUUGAUCAUGUAUGUACAGUAAUACAGUGCAGAAAGAAGGAAAGGAAGAUACAUUGAAAAAAUAGAUAACUAUUAUGUUAAUAGUGGUUUCUUAGUGAGCAUUAUCACAUUAAAUGCAUUGCAGUUCUAUCAUAUGCUCCAUGAAUAUUUUACUUACAAUGCGAACAUUAUCCAAUUUCAUUUCGAAUGUUUUUGCUCUCAAAUAUUUACACCUAUUGUGGUACAAUGAUGAGAGCACACAUUUGACAUGAAUAAUGAAUCAUAUGCUUAUCUGUGUGGGCUUGUCUAUUGCCAUCUAGCCACAUUGUCUUAAAUAUUCGCUUGUAUAUUUUUAACCUUUGAGCAAAUUUCAGUGCAUGAAAAAUGGGAUAACUAUUCAAGCUUGGAUCUGCCCACACAUCUGUGGUUUCAUUGUGAAAGAUUGAAAAUGCUAUUAACUUUCUUAGAAUUUUUAAAUGUAUUUUUUUAUACCAAAGAUACCUCCAACCUUGAACUUAAACACCACAUAAUGACCUGAGGUGGUAUGUACAUUAUGUACACUACUGUUCAAAAGUUUGGAGUCACGUCGAUAUAAAAAUAAACGAUUUGUCCAUUAAAAUAACAUCAAAUUGAUCAGAAAUGCAGUGUAUUGAGGAGUGCAGUGUAUUCUUUCAAAAACAAGGACAUUUUGAAGUGACCCCAAACUUUUGAACGAUAGUGUAUAUCAUAAUACCUGUCAUUAUGUCAUGUUUGACUAUAUUAUGAUGCUGGUAUGAUGUAUAGUUCAAAUACAGUGUACCACUUUCGUUGAAGGUUGAAUAGACAAACCAUUCAGCAUACAUAAACGAUUCAUAAAAUGUGGCACCCUAAUGACCCUAAUGACCUUCAGAGUGCAUUCAUAUAGUCAUUAUUGAAUAGUAUGUCACAUGACAGGAUAAAUGUGAAAAUAAAAGUCACAUGAACAAAUACAUUUUUGUCAGAACACAUAUUUUUCUUCCCUCUAGAGCAUUAUUAUGUAUCACUACAAAGUAAUCAUGAAUGUUGCCAUUGUUAUACUUUGCUUACUUUGAAUUUAAUUUCCAAAUAUCCAUAGCCAGCAUAAAGCAAAUUCUUGAAAUGGUCGGAAAUAAUAUCAUACCUCUGAUGUUUUUACCAAAAACAGAACAUUGUCACCGGCAAUUGUUAAAAGCAAUAUAGCCAUUUCCUUUUGCUUUCCAAAUGUUAAAACUUACCAUAUACUAUUUCGUAAUGUAAAUGAUAGUGAUCAACCAAAACAUGAAAUAAGAAAAUGUUUAUAUUUGUCAUGAAACAAUAAUUAACUUUGGACUAAUGUCACUAAUGACAUGCAGUUGAUCCUCAAAUAUAUGAACCUCAGAGUUAGACUGACCGGUCAACCGAAUGGGAAAUAUAACUUCUGAUGCUUACAUGCUCUAGAAAUACACCAGAUGUUUACAGUAUCUGGCUAUAUGUUUUGCAAACACAUGUACAAAUGCAAUCAAUAAAAGUAAUAAUAAAAGGUUUGAGAAGUUGAAUUUAAAAGUUAAGCACAUUUCAGUGUUCUGAACUACCACCAUUCCCAAUGUUUUCGCAUUUGAGUUCUUUCUGUGGAUGCUUUACGAAUGCACUAUGGAAGGUCUUUUAUAAAUGUGACUUAUACCUUAAUGGAUGUGUUAUGAAUGUUUCUUAUGCUGUUAUGAAUGCUUUAUGUAGGAGUAAUGGAUGUCACUGUGCUUGCUAAGCCGUGCCACUUCCUCCAGCUCACACCGAGAAAAUAAUGCCUCGCAACAACACACGACAACCCUCUUGAAACACCUUGAGCGAGCUGCGCUACCAAAAAGCUACAUCACCAAUGCAGUGCUGCAAGCAAGUUCGGGCUUGAUUCAAUCCGUUAAGCAGAAGAUCCGUAGUAUGGCGCAAUUCAAGUGUAAAUGUAAUUUCCGUUUGAGCCGAACAUACGCAGAGUUUUACCAUGAAUGCAGUCUCCGCAAACACGGGGACAUUGCCUUUAAAUAUCAAUUCGCGCCAUCUUCCACGAUACGCAUUCAAUCAAGUUAUACAUGCAACCUUCAAAUAUAUUGUCACCUAAAGGGUUACCAUUGAACCUUAGAGAAAACGGUGUAAACAACUUUCAGGCUGCUUUCAUUUUGUGUGGGACCAUUUGUAUAAAGAGGGUAAAUAC